AGUCCCUUCUGCCUCCGGAGCCUGCUCCCGGAAGUGCUGGUGUUUGUAGCUGGCGUGAUGGCUUCAAGGUUACUCCGCGGAGCUAGAGCCGUGGCCGCGCAGGCCCUGAGGGCCCGCGGUCCAAGUGGAGUCUCCGUGGUGCGCUCUUUGGCGUCUGGAGGCGGUGUUCCUACUGAUGAUGAGCAGGCCACUGGGCUGGAGAGGGAGGUCAUGCUGGCUGCACGCAAGGGACUGGACCCGUACAAUAUGCUCGCCCCAAAGGCAGCCUCAGGUACCAAGGAAGACCCCAAUUUAGUCCCCUCCAUCACCAAUAAGCGGAUAGUGGGCUGCAUCUGUGAAGAAGACAACAGUGCUGUCAUCUGGUUCUGGCUGCACAAAGGCGAGGCCCAGCGAUGCCCUAGUUGUGGAACCCAUUACAAGCUGGUGCCCCACCAGCUGGCCCACUGAUCCCCUGCACUAACUCACUCAAAAUGUGAUGUAAAGUUUCUUCUUUCAAUAAAGACUAGCCAUUACAUUGGCUCCUCCUCCCAUA